GGCCCCUCUUCCCGUCUCCUUCCCUCAGUGUCUGAAGUGGGGAGAAGGCUCCUGGACCCUUGGGGGAGGGGGGUGCGGGUGAGGCGGGACCGCCUUCACCCCGUCCCAUCCCCCUCCUGCUCCACCCCCUCUUCUUCUCCUCCUCUCCCCCCCACGUUGCCCCGCCCUCGGCGCCUCCCCCCCACAUGGAUGACCUUGGGCUCCCUCUCCCCCACCCCCUGCAUUUCUAGGGUUCAGACCCCCUGGGAAAGGAGUCUCUAGCCUCACCUCUCUAACCCAAGACCCCCCCCCUUCCGGCUCCCCCCAGGUGUCACUGCCACCUCCCCCUCACGUGACUGGGCAUAUCUGGGGGGAGGGGCACAGUCUGGGCUUUUCCGUCUCCUUGGCAUGUCUAGCACCCAGAAUGCAGUGAGGCAUACAGUGGGCGCCUCAUCAAUGCGCGUUGAGUUGACCCGAGUCCUGGACACAGACAGGCUGCCCCCAGUGUCACUGUGGGCAUUUCCCAGGCAGAGGCAGGUCUGGGGGGGAGGGGAAAGGGCCCACCCCUCUCAUGGCUGCCUUUUCCUUUCCAGCUCAGCCUCGUGGGACCCCAGGGGCCUGGGUGCGAGCCAGAGCAGGGAGCAGGAAGGAGCGCAGCAUGGGCCCCGAGUUCCUCCCCAGCAGGCCCCCCCAGGAAUCAGUGACAUUCAAGGAUGUGGCCGUGGACUUCACCUGGGAGGAGUGGGGCUACCUGGACACCUCCCAGAAGGAGCUUUACUGGGAGGUGAUGCUGGAGAACUACAGGAACCUGGUCAGCCUGGGCCUUGCAGAUUCCAAGGUGGAGGUGAUCUCUCAGGUGGAGUCAGGGGAAGCACUUGGGAUUCCAUUAUAUAGUGUCCUAAGAAGCUGCUGGCCAGGUGGUGACACUAGGCCUCAGAUGAAGGAGUCAGCUCCAAAGUUGAGUAUUUCUAUGGAAGCCUUAUCCCAGGAAAGGUCCCUGUGGGAUGACUCAUGCUUCCCUAAGGUAGGAAAAGCCCAGGAGUAUUAUGGCGUUAUAAAGAAAGAACAGAGCAAUGAGGAGAAACAUUCUAGACAAGGAAAAGUCAUCCAAACAGAAACUGCCGAUGCAGUCAGAGGCUCUUUAUACAGUAGAUACAGCCACACUGCUAAUCCAGAGCUAGUCCUUUUUCCACAACAAGAAUUAUCUGUAGUUCUGAAUCUCCGUAAAAGUGAUAACCAGAGAAGGCGCUUCACCAUGGAGUCAGAUCAAAGACGAUAUAAUCAGAUCUAUUCACUGACAUAUUCUGUGGUUAACAAAUGUCACCAAGCUUUUGUUUAUGAUUUAGACUGCAUUAGAAAGCAUGGAAUUCAUGCUGAAGAGCAACUUCAUGGAAGUGGGAAUUCUCUCCUCCCAAAUAGUGAAUUUACUUUAUACCAGAGAACUCAUAUAGGGAAAAAAUGUUCUGAGUUGACCGUCUCUAGAAAGACAUCAUGUCAGAAGGCAGAUCGUACUCAACACGCUGGUAUUGAUAGUCAAAACAAAUCUUACAAAUGCAGUGAAUGUGGAAAGGUCUUCUGGCAGAAGGUAAAUCUUACACAGCACUACAGAAUUCAUACUGGAGAAAGACCUUUCAAAUGCAGUUACUGUGGAAAGGCAUUCCACCAGAAGACAAAUCUUAUGCAACAUUACAGGAUUCAUACUGGAGAAAAACCUUUUAAAUGCAAUGAUUGCGGCAAAGCCUUUCCUCGGAGCACCACGCUGACUCGGCAUCAGAGAAUUCACACUGGAGAGAGACCCUACGAGUGCAGUGAAUGUGGGAAGACUUUUUAUUUAAGCUCCAACCUUACUCAGCACCAGAGUACUCAUACAGGAAUAAAACCUCAUCAAUGCAGUGUUUGUGGGAAGGCUUUCUCUCACAAAUCUAAUCUUACCAGCCACAGUAGUAUUCAUACUGGAGAGAAACCCUAUGAAUGCACGGAAUGUGGAAAGAUCUUUCGCCAGAAGUCAGAUCUUAGACAACACUUCAGCAUUCACACUGGAGAGAAACCAUUUAAAUGCAGUGAUUGUGGGAAAGGCUUUCCCCGCAGCGCAGCACUGGCUCGACAUCAGAGAACUCACACUGGAGAAUGACCCACUGAAUGCAAUGAACGUGGAAAGGCCUGCACCCAGAAUUCCCAUCUUUCAUUAUGGAAGAGAAUAGAUACAAAGAGAACUCUUUAGAAUAUGAUUAAUGCAGGAAGGCUGCCCCCAGAUCAGAGCACUUAUUCAACAUUAUAGCACUCAUGAUGGAGAGAAACCUCAUUAAUUUAAUCGCUGAAGCAGAAUACUCCGGUGGGCUGAACUGGAUUAGAAUGUAAUAGGAAAAUAUUCAAAAAAAUAAAGCUGCAAUAAAACAUAGAUGAUGUUA